UCUCUCUCUCUCUCACACACACACACUGGAGCCAGCUUUAUAUAGAAGACUUAGCUCAACCUUACCUGCUCAAGGUGGGGGGUCAAUAAUAGUAAUAAAAAGCAAAGAAAGCUCAUUUAUAAAGCUAAAAGGUUUUAAAGCUGAUCAUUUUACAAAGCAACUGUUUAGGUUAUUAUAUUGGAGCAACCAAAUCUUCUGUGUAAAGGAUUCUUGAUAGAUUAUUCAUCUACCACUACAUGUUAGACCACCACCCUCACUUCAGUACACCAGCUGGCCCAUACCCUCUUUCAGAUAAUGGGCUUCCUAACAAAAGAAAAAGGCGCCCCGCAGGCACUCCAGAUCCCGAUGCGGAGGUGGUGUCGUUGUCACCGAAGACCUUGCUUGAAUCAGAUCAAUACGUGUGUGAGAUCUGUAACCAAGGGUUCCAAAGAGAUCAAAAUCUACAGAUGCAUCGGAGACGACACAAGGUAACAUGGAAGUUGUUGAAAAGGGAUUCGACCGAGAUCAAGAAGAGGGUUUUCGUGUGUCCGGAACCGAGUUGUUUACACCAUGAUCCGUCUCAUGCGCUUGGGGAUUUGGUUGGGAUCAAGAAGCAUUAUAGAAGGAAACAUAGCAAUAAUAAGCAGUGGGUUUGUGACAAGUGUUCAAAGGGUUAUGCUGUUCAAUCUGAUUAUAAAGCUCAUCUUAAAACAUGUGGUACAAGAGGCCAUUCUUGUGACUGUGGUCGAGUGUUUUCCAGAGUUGAAAGUUUCAUUGAACAUCAAGACGCAUGCACAUUCCGGAGAGUCCAUGGCGAUACUCCUGCAUUCCAGCCAGUGUGUUCAUCGCAUAUGGUAUCGAUUACAAGUCCAACAAGUGACAUGAACUUUAGUUCCAUCCCAACAAUGUCAAGAUUGCCACAUCUCCAACCUCCACCCCAGGCUUUAUUUUCACAAACCCAUGUAGACAUUCAAAACAACUUGGAACUUCAGCUCUUACCAUCACUGUCUCUUUCAGAACAAAGCAACAAUCAUCAGAACCAGGACCAGUUAAAUCUCUCAAUUGGAAGAAGUGACCAUAGCUUGCAAAUAGAAGAAAUGAAGAUGGCUAUGGUAGACAAGGCCUUUGCAGAAGAUGCAAGGCAACAAGCAAAGAAGCAAAUCGAAAUUGCGGAGAUGGAGUUUGAGAAUGCUAAAAGGAUUAGGCAACGAGCUCAGGUGGAGUUAGAAAGAGCUAAGGUUCUUAGAGAACAAGCCAGCAAGAAGAUUGAUUUCACCAUAUUAGAGAUCACUUGUUAUUCUUGUAGGCAACGGUUUGAAGGCUCUAGUCAUAAUGCCACAGCCGCUACAACUGAUUACGCCUCUAUCGCCCCAAGUUACAUGUCUUCUGCUUUAGGAGAAGGUGAAGUAGAUUAUUAAUGUUUUCAAGAAAACCACUCUCCUAUGUCAUCAAUGUAUGUGUGUUUGUGUGUCAUUUCAUUCAUGUUUUUGUAUUUUGAUUACUUUGAAAAGAAAAUAAUGAAAGGGCAGAACUUGUUUACUUGGUGUA